GACAUCCUUCAAUAUUCAUUCUACACAUCAAGCCUCAACAAAUCGAAAUUGUAUAGGGUGCGAAACAGCAUAUACCAAACCGCAAUACUAGAUCCAAAUCAAUCUUCCACCCCCAACCCCCAUAUCUCAGCAUGGCUUAUCGGAAUAAUGGUUCCCAGAGUAUGCGCCCAGGAAUGGCACCUCAAAAUCACAGACACGAAGUUAUCGAUGUCAAAGAUUUGAUAAGAAAAGGAGGAGGAGUUCCACAUCCCGGAAUUAAUGAUGUACUCACUCUAACGAGAUUUCUUGAAAGAACAAUUAAUGUGUCUAGUGGUGCUCUUGAUACUGCGCUUGGUCGUAAGCGUACCGCACUUGACCGGUUACGUGAUCGUUCCGCUUUCCCAGACAGCUACACUUUCCCACGCCACUACGGGUGUCUCCAGCCUCAUCCACCAGCGGGCAGUCAUUAUCGCGCCACAGAAGUAGACCUCACAUGGCUCUUCUCAAUCUUCAACGCCAUUUUUUUCAUGAGUGCACUUCCAUCCAACACCAUGGUUUUUCAGGGAGACAGUUCAAUCUCCAAUCUUGGGCACAGGGUUCAUCUCCCCGAAAGAACCUUGUUGGUUGCUGCCUAUGCUUUUGUCGCAAAUGUUUCUGCAGAUUUUGUCAAGAGGGACGAUCGACAAUUCCUGCCUCCCACAAUCAACGUCAUUUCUAGCCACCUUGAUCAUUCGGGCGUUUAGCAGCUAGUGCCUUGGGAAGAUCAAGUCGGUAGUCUCUUGGGAUCAAUGAUUGAUCUAUUUAUACAAUACUACAGUUGUAGAAAAGAUCGAUGCUGGAGUGAUAAAUUUACUCAUGGCAAGAUGCAUAGAGGCGAAGCGUGGCAAAUUAUUGCAUAUCGUUUCGAAACAUCGUCCACGAUGAGAUCCACAGAAAGAGCACUUGGAAGCCCUAUCAAUUUGAGAAGGAAGGAAGAUUAUGAAUGGGAAUUGAGCCAUUGGGAUUUGGGAGAGCUUAACAAACUUGAGAAUCUGUUACUCCGUCGCGCGAUUGAGACGUGGGGCUGGGCACCAGAUAGUCAACUGACAUAUGUCAAAGCUGCCCAAGAGAAGAAGGAGAAUGAAGCUAGGAUUAGGUACCAAGAGAGGGCUCUGAUUGAGCUCGAUUGGUUUCUGGAUAGACAUGAGAGUCGGGCUAUGAAUGAGCCCAUUCGUUCUCGUUCUGAAAUAACAGGACCUCGUUUUGAAAUGAGAGUAUCUCCCUCUGGGGUGGGGGGAUAUCGUCUUGAGGGAAUAUCUGAAGAGAGAGAACCUCGUUCUAGAGCAGCUACA